UAUCGUUAAAUAUUUAAAUAGUGGCUUUUAAAAAUAAACCUGAUGGAUAUUGGAUUUUAUGCCCUCUAGAAUGAUGCCAAAGUGUAGAGCAUGUCUAAAAUCCUCUAGAAAUAUGAUUCCUCUUGAUGAAAAGUACAUUAUGUAUUUUAAUAUACUUACUAACCUAAAUGUUAUAGCCCACACUUUAAAGAAAGGUUCAAAGAAUGGUCAAUAUACAAACUUUGGGACAAAUUUUCACAUUUGAAAAGGUUUAUAAAGAAUAACAUCAAUAUUUUCAGUUAAAGCUAUCCACUGAUAAUCCAGAACUGCUAUGUAAACAGUGUAGGAAAGCUCUUCAAGAGUUCAUGAAUUUUAGAGAGCAAUGCAUAGCAGCCAAUACAACAUUUGCAGUUGCUCCUCCUUCUGAGAGCUUCAAAGAAGAGGGUGAACUGGAUUAUGAAGUAAAAAUUAAACUGGAGCUGGCAGACCAUGACUAUGAAGAUAAUAAUGAAUCAUUAAUGUUUGAUGAUAGUCUGACAUAUGAGUUAGUUGUGAAGUCUGAAGGAGGAAAUAUAAAAAGCAGAGACCCUAUAAACAAUGAUUGGGUCGAAGAGAGUGAAAAUGUAAUUUCUGAUAUAAAUAGCAUAAAGAAAAACGCCAGUAAACCUACAAGGAAAAAAAAUUGUGUGAAAACCAUCAGAAAACCAACAAGGAAUAAAAAAUGUGUAAAGACUACAAAAAAGAACUCAACUUCAGCUGAAAAAAAUAUUGAUGAAAAAAGAAUUCAAAAGCCGACAGACAAUAGUCUACCAUGUGGUUUGUGCACUAGUACAUUUGAAAAUAAUGAUGAACUACAGUCACAUUUAUCAGAACAUAGGCAAAGCCAGACUUGUCGAAUUUGUGACGAGAAAUUUGUGGACUGGCAAGAAAUAAUGUCGCACAGAAUGGAUCAUUUGCCUUUGGGAAAAGUGCAAUGUCACUUGUGUCCGCAAAAAUACAAAUCUGCGCUACUGAUGGAACUUCAUUUUAGAUCAACUCAUAAUUCAGGUGAAGAUAGGCAAACACUCAGAUGUAGGAUAUGCAAUCGCAAUAAUUUUGAUUCACCAAAGAGAUUACGCGUGCACUACCUUGAUUCUCACAACACUAGAAAUAAAAAGUUUUACUGUGACUACUGUAAUAAAAUGUUCUCAAGAAAACAUGGGUUAAAGAGUCAUAUCGUUUCACAUUUAGAUGAUAAACCUUACGUUUGCGACUUGUGUGACAAGGCUUUCAAAUUGCGCCAUCAAUUAGUGAUUCACAAGAUUAAGCACAUUCCAGAAAGAGUAUACUGCAAGUUGUGUAAAAGACUGUAUGUGUCUCAAAGUGAACUGGACAAACAUGUUUGUAAAUACAGUGCAGUUGUGUGUCCCGUGUGCGGAAAGAUUUGCAAAAAUCGCGGCGAGUCUAGACGUCACUUUCUGCGUGUGCACGAUAAGGAUAAUUACUACAAAUGCGACCGCUGCCCAAAAACAUACAAAAACAGGCAAAGUCUAGUCGUGCACCAGAAUAAGCACGAUGGCAUCCGCAAGCACGCUUGUGAGUUCUGCUCCGCCAAGUUCUACGACUAUUCAGUGCUCACCAAACAUCGCCGUACACACACCGGUAUAAAGCCGUAUGUUUGUAAGAUAUGUCGAAAAGGCUUCACGGGAAACCAUAAUCUUAAAGUGCACAUGCGAGUGCACGGACAGUUCCUGAUAAACAAAAAACAACCAGACACAGACCUUUCAGUUUUAGAACAAGAAGCUGAAGGAAUAUCCAUUCAGAGUAAACCUACAUUCUAAGACAAACAAUGGUAAAUGGUACAAGAGAAAGAUGGAAAACAUUGUACUUCUCUAAUUUUUAUGUGACACGAUUAUAAUAAUAUGCUCAUUUGUUUCUAAUGCAAAAAACAUAAUACAAAUAUAUACUAUUUAACAAUUAUUCAAAAGUUUUAAGAUAUAAAGUUUCAGCGUUGCUUUUACUCAUUACCAAUUACCGGAACCCCAUCUCAGGUAAAGGCCUCCUCCAGCUUUUUUCAGAUCUCUGUUCUUAGCUUUCCCUAUCCAUUAGUUUCCAGCUAUCGCUUGUAUCCGAGCCGUGAUAGCCCAGUACGACCAGUACCAGUUUGCCUCCGAUUCCGGAGGGUGUGGGUCCGGUCCGGUGCAUGCACCUCCAACUUUUCAGUUGUGUGCAUUUUAAGAAAUUAAAUAUCACGUGUCUCAAACGGUGAAGGAAAAACAUCGUGGGGAAACCUGCAUACAAGAGAAUUUUCUUAGUUCUCUGCGUGUGUAAAGUCCGCCAAUCCGCAUUGGGCCAGCGCAGCGUUGGACACUUGGCCUAACCCGUCUCAGAGGAGACUCUAGCUCAGCAGUGAGCCAAAUAUAGGUUCAUAAUGAUGAUGGUGAUCACUUGUUUAUCCUCUAUGAACCUUUUUUUGGUUCGUCCUCGUCCUUUUAUCUGUUGGUCAUUCCUAUACAGUUGUCUUUAUGGUCCAUCUUUUGUCUGUGUACCUUGCUAUAUGGCCUGCCCAUAUCCAUUUCUGUUUUAAGGUAUAUUGGUAAAGCAUCGAUAACUUUUGUAUUCAUCAGAGGCCUAUAGAAUUAACAGAAUAAAUGCUUUUGAUAUGAGAAAUAGAGGACACGAUUAUACUAGCGUUAUUUUUACUGUAAAAUAAUUAAGAUGAUAGUUUUUUAAUUAAAGAAUUUAAAUUGU